CUUUAAUCCUUUUAUUGCUUCCUCUGGGACGCGGUUCUUCGCACGGGUCCGAAGCGGCGCUCUGAGCAGACCGGGCGAGUUCACCGACUGCGGUAGUUUCAGGCUCGGCACACGGCGGAUUAUUUGUCUCGUGUCGCUGCAUUUUAGAGCGGUGAUCGUACCUCGAGGUACCACAGCGACGAGCUCGGCGGUGUCCGGUUACGCGAAGUUGCUCGCGUCCUUUUGAGGUUUUGGCGUUUUGGAAAUCGCAUGCGCUUCGCCCUUCCUCUUCUUCCACCCACGCCACCAUGUCGUCGAAUUUGAAGCCUGUCAUCUUCCGAAUCGUUUCAUUCAGUCUGGCCGGAGGCGACAUCUUGCAGACGAUCCCGCAAACACUGGCGCUUUACCACAAGCAAUGGGUCAACCGGUCGCUCAGUAUUGCUUGUGUUGCAUACGCCACGGCGCGCUACAUGACGCUCAUUUCGCUCAUCACAAACGGGAUCGGCUUCUUCAGUACCGACUUCACUCUCCAGACAUGCAAGCCGUUCUACAUGGUGCCCAAUAUCACAGCUAUGAUUGCAGGGAUGGCCGUGCAGAUCUUGGUGUUUUUAAGAACAUACGCCAUCUCCGGACGGUCUCCGCUGAUCCUCUACGGCCUGGGCGGGCUUCUCUUACUUGGUUUCCCAGUGCAAAUGUUCGGAAUAGUCUAUCAUCGGGUGCCUGAAGUCACAGGGGGCGAAUGUAAAGGCAAGGUGUUUAAUGAGACCGACUGGAAUAUCGUAUAUUACAGCGCGCACAUGGUUUACGAUGUAAUUGCAUGUGCAGUCGGAACUUACUACCUGAUCGCUUCUUCGCGGAUCAGUGGAAGCUUCAACAUGUCUGCCUUCAUCCGUCGCGUGCUAAGGAACGGUCUUCUAUACACCAUUGCCGUUUUCGUUGCCAACCUAUGGGUCGUUCUAGAACUGAGCGCGGUUCUGAGGACCGGUGUUGGUGCGACCCUGCCUCUGGCUGUCGUUCUCAUCGCCGCGCAGCACCUGAUCCUCAGCACCCAACGUGGAACACGAGACAUGACCAGCUCCCACGAGUACUCCGGCCCCAGCACCCGCCGCGGUGCCGCCUUGAAUGCUCGCGCUCGACGUAUGCCAGGCGAGCGCACGCUGGGCGAGGUCGAGAUGCAGGCGACCAAAAUAUACGUGGUCUCCGAGACAUACGACGACCGAGAGCCCGCUCCGGCCGAUCGCAAGCGCGGACUGCACGAGACGGACUCCUCUGCGUCCGACCGCAGCGAGCGGGCCGGCAUUAAAAUGAUGGCUCAGUAGACCCACUGCACACACGCUCGUUUCGUUCUCAGCUAGAUAGAUUGGUUAUCGUUUUGCUCUAGUACUACCGGUGUGUACUAUUUGUGUUUUUAUUUACUGUAUGGACCCCUUGUAAUUGAUGAGAUGUCUUCGCAGAAGGUGCUGGACAAGCCUUCUGCGUCAAGUAGGGCAUUCUGCAUAAGUUUUCGGUGAAUUGGAUGCGAAAGGGCCCCUUAAAGUGACGACCAUGGGGACAGAAAAGGCAUGGACCAUCAAUGCAGUUUAAAUUGGAGAUCGUGAUAUCCUUGACAAUUUCAAAUUGAAUCGGUCUGCGACGACUAGGAGUCUGAGGGCUACCAAUGGCUAUCCAGUUCUAGACUCGAAUUCAGUCCCUAUGGUGACAGGUCAAGAUGAUGAUUGUGUGUUUCCCUUUUGGCUAGACAACUGGCUGAAUAUCUAUUGCCAGUGUAAUCGAUCGACAGAUGAUCGAUUGAUUUCUCAUCAAUGCAUCUUUUGUCUUCCCCAGCCCUUGUACUGUUCAGCAGGCAAGGAGAGUAUACACAGCGGCGUGAUUACUCUCGGAAAGACUGGGAUAAGCACAUUUCAGAUGGCGGAUCUUGGGGGGCCGAGUACAUCCGUCUUACCCUCUUACUCCACGGCGGACCAAAUCAAUGAGCAUGCCACCUCUGGGGCCGGAGACUUGGAAUCAUGGAUUGCUAUAGAACCCCUCGCACGAAGCUCUGAGCCUCUUUCAAUCCCAGUUACGGUGGACCUGGCAUCACCUCACAACGGCAUCGCUCCACCACCUACGUUUCGACAGUCCCAGUUCGACGUCGUUCUCCGCCGGCAAAGGAUGCGUCUUACCCCCACGGGUGCACCGAGACUCAAAACUACCACGUCGCGCUUUCUUAACCUUUCGAGCGACUUCGAAUUCGCUGGCUGGGGCUCGUUCUCGCGUGUCAAGCUGUCAGCGGACGACCAUGCACAGGGGGAAGAUCGCUUAGCGCGCACGAGGAGCGCGAAGGUUCUGGGCCGAUGGACGGGCACGGCGCUACCGGGCAAUGCAGUACUCGGGAGCGUGUUCUACGCGUUGCCCGCUGUGGUCGCGGUCUGUGGUGUCUAUGCACCGAUAUCCCUGUUCGCGGCAACACUGACGCCGUUCAUCUGGCGACCAAUCAUGGAGGAGCUGGGCUCUGCGCUGCCGAUCUGCGGCGCCCCAUAUGCCUACCUCUUGAACGUGACGCGCAAGUCCAUUGCUCUGUUGGGCGCGGCUCUGAUGCUUCUCGACUUCGCGUCAACAUCCGUCGUAUCCGCAAGUACGGCUGCUUCUUACGUUGCGGGUGAAGUCGCGCUGCCGUUUCCCGAUUUCGUCGGGGCAGCUGUCGUGUUGCUGGUGUUCGCAGUCGUCAGCUUCACCGGUCUGAAGGAGAGCGCGCGGAUCUCCUUCGUCGUGCUUGCUUUCCAUAUGUCCACGAUGGCGGUCUUGUCGGUCUGCGCAGUGGUGUGUUGGGGACGACAGGGAAACGAGCAACUGCGGACGAAUUGGGUGCACGGGCAGGCGAAAGAUGGCUGGACAGUGGCGAGACAACUGUUCAAUGGGUUCUGUUUGGGCAUGCUGGGUCUCACAGGAAUCGAAUGCGCACCGUCCUACAUCGGACGGAUGCGGCCGGCCGCGUAUCCAGCUGUGCUGCGCAACCUCCAUCUCCCAGCGGUGGUCCUGAAUUCUGCUAUGAUUCUCCUCGUUUUCGCGGUCGUUCCAAUGAACACUGUGCUCAGUGGUGCAAACGUGCUCAGUGUGCUGGCAGAGAAGUCUGCUGGGGUCUGGCUGCGGAAGUGGAUCGUCGUCGAUGCAAUAGUCGUGCUUUGCGGUGGAGUCCUCACAGGCAUUCUCAGUGCAUGUGAAUUGUUCGAACAGCUCUCGCACGGCAGAAUCCUUCCUCGAAUCUUCCAGAACGCUCUCCCAUUCACCGGCGCACCAUACGUUUCUAUCGUAGUCUUCACGGCGGUGAAUGCGGCCUUGUAUGCCUCAUCGGGCGCCAGCCUUGCCAUUGUCUCCAAGAUGUUCUCCCUUGUCUGGCUCACCGUGAUGGGGCUGUUCCCUCUAGCCUUGUUGCUCCUGAGAUUUAGCCGUGGAAGAUUGGAGUGUGAACGUAGUGCCAAGCUUUGGAUGAUCAUGCUCGCCUUCGCUGUGACGCUUGUCGUUUUCGCAGGCAACAUCGCGAUUGAUCCUUCGAUAGCCGGCUACUUUGCGGCCUAUCUGGUUGGCGUGCUGCUUGCAUUUGGAGGCGCGCAGAACCACGUAUCGAUCCUUCGGGCAUUGUAUUGGCUAUACGACCAGUAUCCAUGGUUGCACAUGUGGCCGAGGACCCAGGCCUGGGGGCCCUCCGUGGUGCGAUGGAUCCAAGCACUGAAGAAACAGCCCGUCUGCGUGUUGGUCAAAACGGACGAGAUCAAUCGGCUGCUGCAUCUGUUGCUGUACGUGAGGGAAAACGAGCAGACUUCGUGCGUGAAGCUCGUGCAUUUCUGUGACGAAGAGACCGGGGUUCCUUCGGAGCUGGAAGCUAAUGCGAAGAUUCUCGACGAAGCGUUCCCGGAAAUCACCAUUGAUCUUAUUCUUGUUUCUGGCGCUUUCUCUCCAUCGAACGUCGGCGCUCUAGCCCAUCGCCUGCAGAUUCCGACUGCGCUCAUGUUCAUCAGCUGCCCCGGGCCCAAGUUUCCGUAUUCUGUAGCUGAUUUUGGCACGCGUAUCAUUUCUCUGUAGUGAUUCCAUUCAGCGAGAUCAGAAAAGUGUUCGAACAGAGCAAUCCACCUUUUAUCGAGUGCAUAUCACGAGGUUGCUGAACUGAGCCGUCCUCAGCGUUUCUCAGCGCAUACACAACAUGUCGACCUCUCGGCAUCGAGUUUUCACGAAGCCACUGAGCCCAAUUCGAUUGCGGUAGCCCAAUCCCUGAUUGUUCAUGAUGCUCUCGUGGUGAAGUCGCACCGACUGGCGGUCAGGAACGCAGGCCGCAAACUUGCGGUGAGGAGCAGGUUGAGACUCAGAGCAUCGCACCAAUGCCCUCUCGGUUAGGAAGCAGACGCUUUAAUUCUGAUUUGUCGACGGGCAAGGACGGCGAGUGACACUGCAGCCCUUCGAGCGAUGCAGGACAGGAAGAGAUGUGACAACACUGUCAUCUUC